AUGGCCGAAGACAACAGCGCCGCCUGGCCCCAAGCCGACCAGGCUCUGUCCCAGGAGAUCCUCGACCUCGUCCAACAGGCUACCCACUACCGCCAACUCAAGAAGGGAGCCAACGAGGCCACCAAGACCCUCAACCGUGGUAUUAGCGAGUUGAUCAUCCUCGCGGCCGACACCUCCCCGCUCGCUAUCCUCCUCCAUUUGCCGCUUCUCUGCGAAGACAAGAACGUUCCCUACGUCUACGUCCCCUCUAAGAUGGCUCUCGGCCGCGCCUGCGGUGUCGCCAGGCCCGUCAUCGCUGCUAGCAUCACCACCAACGAGGCUUCCGACCUCAUGGGCCAGAUCCGCACCCUCAAGGACAAGGUCGAGCGCCUCCAGAUCUAG